AUGUCGUCCUCCGCGCCUCGCUCUGGCGAGCGCGUGAUUCACCAGGACUUCAUCGCUCGCAUUCGCUAUUCCAAUGCCCUCCCCCCGCCGCCGAAUCCUCCCAAACUUCUCGACAUACCAAACACAGGCCUUUCUAGCGGCCAAUAUACGACGCCAGGAUUUGCCUCGAGGUUGGCGCGAGAGCAGCCGCUCAACAUUGAGGCCGAUGCUGAGCUGGGUAUGCCCCUAGACCUGGUGGGCAUGCCAGGCGUUUUUGAUGGCGACGAGAGUUCUCUCCAGGCACCCGCACAAGCACCGCCAGUGCAUCCUCACGACAAGCCGCUUCUGAGACCAAUUGCCGCGCUCGGCAAGCCCAAGGUUGCAGAAGCCAACGUGUCUUUCCUUCGCCGCACCGAAUACAUCUCAUCGCUCGCGUCGAAACGUUUCGAAGGCAACAGCCCACGUGCAUUGCUGAUGAAGGCCAAGAGACCAGUUGUGCGCCAAGCCGAAGCCGCCGCCGAUGCUCCAGAGACCAUCAAGCGCAAGAUUGAGCACUCCUUUGACGUUGCCGAACAGGAUCUCAAAGAUCCCAAGCGCGCCAGACACCCAACCAAAAAGCACCUCAAGGCCGUCGAAGUCACACCUCUCAUCCCGGACUUGGACGCCUUUCCCGACUCGGGCGCCUAUGUCACCAUCAAAUUCCUCACAAAUCCCAUGGCCGGCUCUGGCAACAAGUUUGACUCGCGUCUGCUGAGCAGUCUCUUUCGACCGAUUGACAAGACGCAGCAGGAGGAGGCGGCGUACGAGGCGGCACUGGCUGCCCACGAGGCCGACCCCGUCGGCAACCCCAAGCCUCAGAACCUAAUGAACUACGAUUUUUACCUGGGCGACGGCCCCGAGGUCGGCAAGAACUUCCGCCGCAAAUUCGACGUUGACGACCCCGAGCACGACGAGGAUGCGCUGUACACGGACCAGGCCGGCGGCUGCUUCCAAUUUAACCGCGUCCGCGCGUAUGAGACGGCCCAGGAGACUGAGCUCGACCACACCACCAAGUACCAGGACGAGGUGCUACUCGCCUUCAACGAUGACGAGAGCUACCCUCGUCAAAAGGCCGUAUACUACUAUCCGGUCAUGCAAAAGUCGACGAUUCGCCCGCAGCGCACCAAGAACAUUGCCCGCACCGCAGGCAUCUACGAGGAGGAACAGAUUGUCGACCAGCUUGACAUCACCGUCGAUGAUCCCACAGAGGAGAUGCGCGACGCCAUGAAGCGCUACCGCGAGCAGCCUCUUGGCUGGGACCAGGAAGGAGAAGAGGAGGAGGAGGAGCCGCAACAGGAGGACGAGGUGGUGGAGGAGUUGGAGGAAGAGGAAGAGGCUGCCGCAACGGAGCAGCCCGAGGAGGAUGGGGACGGCGACGAAGCUGACACGAGGCAUCGCUCGCCGGAGGAGGAAGGGGACGCUGAGGGCGACGAGGAUGAGGACUGA